AUGGAAACUCUUCUUUCCAAUAUCCAGACCAUCCUCGGCCCGCUCCUCGUCGGUGCACUCUGUGCAGCGGCGAUGUACGGAGUCACCUGUAUUCAAACAGUCCAUUACUUAUACAAACAUUCCCGUGAUAAUCGGUGGUACAAACUAUGCGUCUGCAUGCUCUGGAUGCUUGAUACAUUCCACAUGUUCAUGAUAUCCCACUUCACCUAUUGGUUCCUUGUGAGCAACUAUCUCAAUGUCCUCGCGUUAGCAAAUCCUGACUGGUCUAACAUCCUCUUCUUGUAUAUCGUCUCCUUGUGCGAUGUUCUCGUGCGCAUCAUGUUUGCCAGACGAGUGUGGCUUCUCAGCAAGGGAAACAUUACGAUCACUGCAAUCAUUGUGAGCAAUACAUACGUCAUUGUCAUCUUAUCCUGGGUUGCAGGUUUGGAAAAGCGGGGACAUCAAUCGCAACUACCAUCGCUGUAUGCGCAAGCUCCCCUCUAUGUGAGCUUCGCGGCCAUCCUGGUCGCGGACUCGACGGUGGCACUUUCAUUAUCAUGGUACCUUUGGCGGUCAAGAACUGGAUUCAAGAGAACUGAUAAUCUGAUUACUAUACUGCUCGUAUACGUUGUUGGCACCGGUAUGGUUAGCCUACCGAUAACGCGCAGCACGACUGAUGUCUUCUAUAUCUUGGGCCCCAUGAACUACGUCUAUAUGGCCACUUACAUGCUAAUGCCUAAGCUAUACCUCAACUCAUUACUCUACAGUUUGAACGCCCGGGACAUGGUGAAGGGAGACUCAGAUGGUAUAAUAUCAAUCCAUCUAUCCCAUAUUCAAGAGAGGUCAUCUACUGCAAACACGAGGCGCGUCUAUGACUCUGCAUCCGACGCAGAGAGGGCAUCAGUCAUUCCCACUUUUGACCUCCGGGCGAGCGCGAAAGAGGUGGACCCACCAUCGCCGAACCAGAAAGUGUGA